AGGACGAGGACUGAACUGAAGGAGCUGAAGGCCCCGCUGACACAUUCCAGGAUGCAAGCGAACAACAUCUCAUGCGGACGUGGUGAGGGUGGGGAUGAGGACUAUGGCAGCACAAAUGAUAACAAAGAUAAUGCUAACACUGAUAAUGAUAGUGAUGCUAAUGUUCAUUGUUGCUAAAGUAAGACUUUUGUCAUUCGUGUCUUUCAAGUCCUGGCAGUUCAAGCGUGUAUUUGAUGACAUUAGGUCUCGUGACCUGUUGUGUCAACAUGAGGACCGCCCUGGUCAAACAGAUGUUCUGACCGGCAGCUUCUACAACCAGUGGGCCGGGCUAACGCUGGCCCUGCUCUCAGCCAUCCUGAUUGGUGGCAGUGUGAUCCUAAAGAAGAAAGCUCUCCUGCGAUUGGCCACCAGGGGGCAAACUAGAGCAGGUGAAGGAGGUCAUGGCUACCUGAAGGACUGCUUGUGGUGGAGCGGCCUGCUGACCAUGGGCGCUGGCGAGGCCUGUAACUUUGCGGCCUACAUGUUCGCCGCAGCCACGCUGGUGACACCAUUGGGCGCUCUGAGCGUGCUCGUCAGUGCACUUCUGUCCUGGUUCCUGCUGGGGGAGGUAUUGAACGUGUUGGGGAAGCUGGGAUGUCUUCUUUGUGUGCUGGGAAGCGUCCUGUUGGUGAUCCAUGCGCCUCACGAACAGGAAGUGACAUCACUCCAGGAAAUGAGUACCAUGCUGCUGCAGCCCGGUUUCGUGGCAUUUAUGUCGUCCGUGUCCCUGCUGUGCGGUGGCCUCGUCUGCGCCUCGUGGUUGGCGCCCGGCGUGGCGCGCUCCAACGUGCUACUCUACGUUGCCAUCUGCUCCCUGCUGGGAGCCUUCACAGUGUCGUCUGUCAAGGGCCUCGCCAUCGCCAUCCGCAGCGUGGUCCAUGAUGUCUCCGUGCUGUCUCAUCCUCUCACCUGGAUCCUGCUGCUCACCCUCCUCGUCUCCAUAGUCAUGCAGGUGCACUACCUGAACAAGUCUCUGGACACGUUCAAUACGCUGCUCGUCUACCCCGUCUACUACGUCCUCUUCACCUCCGUUGUCCUGUCCACAUCCGUCGUCCUCUUCCGCGAGUGGAACAAGAUGGAGGCCGUGGAUAUCGUCACGACGAUUGGCGCCUUCCUGGUCAUGGUGGUGGGUGUGGCCAUGCUCCAGCUCUUCAGGGAUCUGCAGGUUACCGUGACAACACUGACCAAUCAGCUGGCUCAGUCUGUGGAGAGGGAGGAGGUUGCAGAUGCAGUAGCGGACAAUGGGGGAGGAGCAGUACGAGGACGAGGAGGAGGUGGGGCUACCAAAGAGGAUAAAUACACACUGAUGGACAACAUGGUGGUGGACAAUCGUCCUCCAGUGGCCAAUGAAGGACUGACAGUCUUCAUCAUCAGCUGACUCCUUCAAGGUCGUACUCAAGGUCACAUACUCUGCAUACUAACGUAAUGUCAUUUUUAAAUACCUUUUGUCAUACUGAAAAACUGGACUUUGAUUCUUGAAUGCGUGUCAGCUGGCAUGUUAGCAAGCGCGUUAGCUAGCAUGUUAGCAAGCGCGUUAGCCAGCGUGUCAACAAGGAAACGUGAUGACGUUACUUGAAACAUUUUUAUUAGCAUUUCUAAACAAGCACGUUCAUGUGAAAUUCAUUCCGAGAAGCACAAACAAGAACAAGCUUAUGGUGAAAUAUUCAAAUCAGUAUGCUAAUUAGCUUAAUUGUGAUUGGCCCAAAGACAAAUGGUCGGGGCAAAAGGUUGCGUUUAUGAGUCCUUCAGUGAUGCUGUGACAAAGAAGAAGAAAAAGGGGAGACGGAGGAAAGAGAGGAGGAAGAAAAAGAAAGAAAACAGGAUGAGAAUGAAAGGAAGAAGAAGAAGAGGAAAGGAAAGAGAAGAAAGGAAGAAGGAACCAGGAAGAGGAAAAACCAGAGGAAGAAGGAGAAAAAGAAUGGAAGAAGAAGAAAGGAAGAAGGAGAAGAAGUGUGUUGCCUUCAGGUGCACUCAGUUCACCUGUGCUGCCUCCUGUAAUCCUGCUGCAUGAUUGUCAGGCAGCUGCAUCCAAUUAGGUGUCUUGGUGCUGGUCACAUGACAUUGGAGGACAAUCCCAAACUCGCAGCUUUACUCAUGCAUGGUAAACCUUGAGUGCCGGACCUUGGCAAGUCAUGCGCCACCACGCGGCCGUUCUCGCCCACCAGCCCUGAAGCCCCGCCUCCUCCAAACCUGCCUGCUGUGACCCCGCCCCCUGCGAGCGCCAUUGCUCCCAGGCCGCUGCUCAACAUGGCGGCGUCAAUCAGCUCCUGGAAGAAACCACACCGACCACAUCAGCUCAGUGGAGGCCGCUGAGUGUGUGUGUGUGAGUGUGUGUGUGUGUGUGUGUGUGUGUGAGUGUGAGUGUGUGUGUGUGUGUGCUCCCAUUACACUAAUGAUGUGUGUGCCUCCAUGGACACUCGUCAAGGUGAUUGGAACAAACAAAUCCCAACUUGCUUCAUUUGCUCCUCGUAUCUGACUUUACUUCAUCCUCAUCUUCAUCUUUUAUGUUGUCAUUGCUCAACAACACUGCAGUCCUACAACACACUUCUCCUCAUGUGUCCACCAUCCCAACAUUCAUCAUCCUUUCAUUUAUUAUCCAUCCAUUCAUCAUCCAGCCAUCUAUUUGUCAUCCAUCCAUCUCUCCAUCAAUCUAAUCAUCAUCCAUUCAUUUACUAUCCAUCCAUCUAUUCGUCAUCCAUCCAUCCACUCAUCAUUCAUCCCUGCAUUCAUCAUCCAUCCAGCCAUCUAUUCAUCAUCCAUUCAUUUAUUAUCCAUCCAUUCCUCAUCCAGCCAUGUACGGUAUUCAUCAUCCAUUCAUCAUUCAUCCAGCCAUGUAUUCAUCAUCCAUACAUCCAUUCAUUAUCCAUGCAUCCAUCAAUCUGGUCACCAUACAUCAUACAUUCAUCCAAACACCAUCUGUUCAUCCAUCUAUUCAUUCAUCCUCAUCUGUUCAUCCAUCCAACCAUUCAUCAUCCAUUCAUUCAUCCAUACAGCCAUCUAUUCAUCAUCCAUUCAUUAUCCAUCCAUCUGGUCACCGCCCAUACACCAUCAUCUUUUCAUUCAUCUAUCCAUCAUCCAUUCAUUAUACAUUAAUCCAUCCAUCUAUUUAUCCAUCCUCCAUCUAUUCAUUUAUCCAUCCAUCCUUUCAUCAUCCAUUGAUCCAGCCAUCCAUUCAUUCAUCUCUUCAUUCAUCCAUCCACCCAUUCAUUCAGCAUUCAUCCAUCCAUCCAUCCAUCCAUCCAACCAACCACUACACUAUGACGUCUUAUCAUGAGUGUUAAGCCCCGCCUACGCAGAGGAGGUCAUGAGUCACCUUCAUCCUUUUGGACUCCAAGCGCGACUUGUAGCAGAACUCCAGCAGCGCCACCAUCAUGGCCAAUCCCAGUCCUCCAAUCAGGAUGUAGAAGACGCCUGCCACGUUGCUCAGGCUGAGAGCGCUGGUCUUGUCCUAUCAGAACAGAGAGGUGGGGUCGUAGCGUUGAUGCAACUUCCGAUUUCUCGUGACGGCCUUAUUAGCGCGUUGAUUUAGCAUUCUUAUGUAUUUAGCUUUCUCUGUCUCCAUGGUAAUAGAUUACAUUUAAUGAGGGGGCGUGUCCUGCAGGAGGAGGCGUGCAUACAUACAAAAAGUAUCUCUUGUUUCAUUGGCUGGCGAUGACAUCGCUGCUCUUUUGUCACAUGCAUGACCUCAUUAGCAUGCAGCUCUCGGGGGGCGGGGCCUGUGUUGUAAAUCCUGGGAGCCAAUCAGAGUGCUUUCCUCUCCAACUGUCAUGUGGUCUAUGCUUAUGAACUGGACUCUGCAAGCCGCUGUUCGAGUCCUCUAUGCUUGCCAUGCAGCAGUAACCAUGACAACAUUCACGUCUAUUAUGGAAGAUUAUUUAUGCUAACUGGAGGACGUCCAUGACAGAUUGGAGGCAAAAGCAGUUUGCUUGUUUUUGUCCUCGUUAGCAGCAGUAAAUGUGACCUUUUGCAUCGUGGUUAAAAGUAGGCAGGGCUACCUUUGCAAUGUCAAAUGUCACAUUCCACAGAGUGGGCGGGGCUCUUCUGGUCAUGCCGGACUUACGAGGCGUUCAUGCUCCUCGUCAAGAAAAAACAAUAGCAAGACUGCUAACGGCUAACGACAAGCCGAGCUGCGAUCUUGCUGCAAGAACCCAUUUUGUUUUUUGGUGACUUCCUGUCGCAAAAUUCAUUGUUAUACGAACACGUGGUGCUCUGCGUAGGUGUGUAGGUCAUGCAAAGGUCAUGGAGUACUUUUGUUGUCAGAGUGCAGCUGCAGGUUGGGGGCUGGCGGGUGGGGGUGGGGUGAGGUGCUGGGGGGAGGGUCCAGACCAAGACAAGAAGAGGGAGCGGGCCAACUGACCUUUCUGCCGGAGUCCUUGUGUCCGCACUCGCCUUUGUCAUACCACCACUUGUUUUUCAACUUGUCUAAGAUGGCUUGUUCAUUGAGCUUGAGAACGGCCAGGUUUA